AUGGAUAGGACACCUUGGGUUAAUGCUGGAAACCUUUCCGUCCGCUUGAAUUUCUCUAUAAGUAAUUUUACUUUCUUAGACUUCGACAAAUAUGAACCCUGCCAAGCUCCCACUGCCGUGAUUUUCACAUUAGCCUUGGCUUACAGUGCUGUCAUCAUUCUGGGAGUCUCUGGUAACCUGAUGUUGAUCACCAUUAUCAUGAAACAGAAGGAAAUGCACAAUGUCACCAACAUUCUCAUCGUCAACCUGUCCAUCUCUGAUCUGCUCAUUACUCUCAUGUGCUUGCCUUUUACAUUUGUCUACACCUUCAUGGAUCAUUGGGUCUUUGGCAAGGCCAUGUGUAAGAUGAACUCCAUGAUCCAGUGUAUCUCCAUUACAGUCUCUGUCUUCUCCUUGGUGCUGAUUGCCAUCGAACGCCACCAGUUGAUAAUAAAUCCCCGUGGCUGGAGACCCAACAACAAGCAUGCGUAUGUGAGCAUUGCCACCAUGUGGGUGCUGGCACUGCUCGCAUCUCUGCCAUUCCUACUUUUCCAAGUUUUGACUGACGAGCCUCUCCAAAAUGUGCCCAACUAUUGGGAGAAUUUCGCUGGAAAGUACGUGUGUCUGGAUCAGUGGCCAUCGGAAAACCAAAGGCUGGCAUACACCACAUGCCUCCUGGUGGUGCAGUACUUCGGACCCCUUUGCUUCAUAUUCAUCUGCUACUUAAAGAUAUAUAUACGCCUCAAAAGGAGAAAUGACAUGAUGGACAAGAUGAGGGAGAACAAGUCACGGGCAGAUGAGAACCGAAGAAUUACCAUUAUGUUGAUUUCUAUUGUGGUGGCGUUUGCAAUCUGCUGGCUGCCCCUAAACAUCUUCAACGCGGUUUUUGACUGGAAGCAUGAAGCCAUCACGAAUUGUCAUCAUAAUCUGAUUUUCUCCAUAUGCCACUUGACAGCGAUGCUCUCAACCUGCGUGAACCCCGUCUUUUAUGGAUUCCUGAAUAAAAACUUUCAGAGGGACUUGCAUGUUAUCCUCCGUUACUGCAAAUGCAGUCGCAGGGAGGAAGACUAUGAGGCGAUCGCCAUGUCAACCAUGCAGACAGAUAUAUCCAAGAGCUCUCUGAAACAAGCAACACAGAUUGCUUGAGAUGUCCUAUUAAUUUUAGGGUGUAGCUAUCCGUGCUUCAGAGAAAGGCUGUGCUCAUUAUUCCAUCUGGCACCUGCUAUCAAUUGUAAGUAAGGACUGAUCCCUUAUCCAUUGAUCAACCUUGUGCUUUAUAGACAAAAUGACUCAUGAAAAAGUCAAUUUGAGGACCAUAUAAUUUUCAUUUGAAUGUUACAGGAGGCUGCUUCUGAUUGGUUUCUUGAUAUACCGUGGUUGAAAACAUUUGCCCUAUUUCAGGAGAUUUAACAGAAAAGAGCAGUUAUCAGCAAACUCAAUUCAGUGUGUUUUGGAAUGAUUCACAUUACUAAAGCAUACUGUAUUUAGUAUAACAUA